AUGUCCACCGAUGAAGCGAACGGACAGGCAAAUGGCUACCGCGACACGCAGCUACACCAGCCUCGAGCCCGCAAGACACUCGACCCACGCUUCGCCCGCGACUUCAGCGACGAGGUCGCCUCUGAUCGAUUGACGCCAGGCUCGGGAAACAUCAGCGGACCAGGGACACCAGCUCCGCCAGACGAUGCUCCACCGUCUGUGAAAGCCACUUCUGCAGCCCGCAAACAUGUUCGCCGCAAGACGAGGCAGCAGCGCCUGUUCCCUUCCAUCGAAUACGAAGAGCGCGUGUCACACUUCGACCCCAAGUCGAGCUAUAGCAACUUCAGGGGCUUCUUCGUACUUUUUUGGAUCGGACUGGCUAUCAUGAUCUUGACCUCUAUGCUUCGGAAUCUGAAGGAGACGGGAAGGCUACUCAACUUCAAACAAUGGCCCUUGUUUACGAAGGACCUGUUUGAAUUAGCCUUGAGUGAUGCCUUCAUGGCGGCCAGCACAGCACUGGCCCUCCCACUCAACCUGCUAUUCAUGAGAAGCCAUGGCCUAUUAAGGUGGAAUCGAGGAGGCAUCGUGAUUCAGAGCGUGCUUCAGGUGAUAUGGUUGUGUUUCUGGGUGGGCUGGCCAUUCCUUCGAGACUGGUCAUGGACAGCACAAGUGUACUUCCUUCUGCACACGCUGGCAUUGUUCAUGAAGGGCCAUUCCUAUGCUUUCUACAAUGGACAUUUGGCUACUACGUUGCAGCGCCUGCAAGAAUUGGACCAGCCCAUCAGCCCGCAAACACCCACAGCAGCUGCCGUCCGGUACCCUCACGCUUACACUGGAUCGGCGCCCAGCGAACAGGAUGAUGGAAACGCAAAGCACGAGCACAAUUCCUCCAUCAUGCAGCUCCGAGAAGACCUCGCAACUGAACUCACAUCGCCUCUGGGGAACGUUUCGUACCCGCAAAACCUCACCCUUCGGAAUUUUGCAUUUUACCUUAUGUGUCCAACUCUCUGCUAUGAAUUGGAAUACCCACGAACUCCGUCUCGAUCGUACAUGGAACUCUUCUAUAAGACCCUGGCGGUUUUCGGGUGCAUUUUCCUCAUCACCGUCACUACCGAGGAAUUCAUUCUGCCAGUGCUGCAUGAGUCGGCCAUUCGUUUACAAGUAACACAAAAUUGGAUCGACAGCUCGUUGAUCUUUGCAGAGACCGUUAGCAGUCUGCUGUUCCCGUUCAUGAUCAUCUUUUUACUGGUUUUCCUCGUCAUUUUCGAGUACGUGCUGGGUGCUUUCGCGGAACUCACGCGUUUCGGCGACAGGCAGUUUUACUCCGACUGGUGGAAUUCAACCAGCUGGUUAGAAUUCAGCAGGGAGUGGAACAAACCCGUACACCAUUUCUUCCACCGCCACGUGUAUCUUGCGAGUCGUGGUGUGAACCUGUCGAGGCCCGUGGCAACAGUUAUAACGUUCCUGAUCAGUGCCCUUGCACAUGAGCUGAUUAUGGGGUCUAUCACGAGGAAAGCUCGGGGUUACUCUUUCUUCCUCAUGAUGCUGCAAAUUCCACUUACGGCGGCCCAGCAGAUACCCUGGGUGAAAAAACGCGAACUCCUCAACAAUAUCAUGUUUUGGAUUAGCAUGAUCCUGGGUCUGAGCUUGCUAUGUGCUCUCUAUGUACUUGUCUAG